AUGGCGCAGCUACAGAUCAAGAUCAACCUCAAUCCUCCUCCGACUAAUCGUCUCGUUAACAAUAACCACUAUUCCACCACUCCCAUGCUCCUCUGCCGCCGCCGCCGCACCUCCGCCCCGGCGCUCCUCCUCCACCUCCCCCGACCCGCUGCUGCCACGCCUCCGUCGCCUCACCAUCUGUUUUCCCCUCCCGUCAAGCCGUACCGAAAAAGGAGAGUUGACUCUGCGGUUCGGGACCCACCGGAAGUAGCGGAGGAGUCUUCGGAAAACGGCAGCGCCGCCGUGAGGUUUAGGAAAGCUGCUGCGGCGGCGGCGGGGGAGGAGUAUCCCGCUGACGGCGGCGCGUUUGGAGUGAGGAAGGAGUUGGGGAGGUGGGAUGGCUUCCUCCUCAAGCUUCGGAUGCUCAUUGCUCCCCCCUGGCAGCGUGUUGCGCACGGCAGCGUCUUGUGCAUGCACUUGCGCGGCGAGAUAUCAGAUACGGCGAAGGGUCGGUUUUUGGGGGCGGAACUGGCGCUGCCACAAGUGUGCGAGAACUUUGCGAAAGCGGCAAACGAUCCGCGCAUUGCCGGAAUCUAUCUCAAGAUCGACGGCUUGGAGUGCGGGUGGGGGAAGCUGGAUGAAAUCCGUCGCCAUAUUUUGGAUUUCCGGAAAUCAGGCAAAUUUGUUGUUGGGUACAUGUCAUUCUUGAAGGAGAAAGAGUACUACCUGGGUUGUGCCUGCGAUGAGCUAUACGCCCCCUCAUUUGCUCACUUCUCUUUGUAUGGCUUUGCCUUGACGUCAGUCUUCCUGAGAGGUGUGCUAGAGAAGAUGGGGAUCGAACCGGUGUACCAGAGGAUUGGGAAGUACAAAAAGGCAGGGGAUCAAAUGAUGCGCAAGACUAUUGCCGAACCACAUCUCGAAGUCUUGACCCUGUUGCUCGAAAACAUACAUGAGAACUGGGUGGCCACAGUUUCUUCCUCCACAGGGAAGAAAAGAGAAGAUAUAGAGGAAUUCCUGAAUGAAGGAGCGUACAGGAUGGAGAGGCUGAAAGAGGAGGGCUUCAUCACAGACGUAUUCUACGAAGACCAGGUCAUGGAACUGUUGAAAAAGAAAGUUGGCCUCCAAGAAGACAAGAUUCUACCUACUGUUGAUUACAGGAAAUAUUCAAGGGUUAAAAACUGGACGUUGGGUUUAAAUGGUGGCAAAGAUGAAAUAGCUGUGAUCCGAACGUCUGGCCUCAUUGUCAAUAGCUGGAGCUUGCUGAAUUUCCCUGGAUCUGGUAUCAUCCCCGCCGACGUUAUUAAACAGAUUCGUCUCGUGAGAGAUUCCAAAAAAUAUAAAGCCGUGGUCAUCAGAAUCGACAGCGCUGGCGGUGAUGCCCUUGCAUCUGAUUUAAUAUGGAGGGAGGUUCGACUUUUAGCGACGAAGAAACCGGUAAUAGCAUCGAUGUCGGACACGGCGGCCAGCGGUGGGUACUACAUAGCAAUGGGAUCCACCGCCAUCGUGGCAGAAAAAUUAACGCUAACCUCAUCAGUUGGUGUUAUUCAAGGGAGGUUUAACCUUGCGGAACUGCACCGAAGAAUUGGCUAUCACAAGCACGUAGUAUCAAAAGGCAAAUAUUCCGAGUUUAAUAUUGCUGGGCACCGACCUCUAAGGCCAGAAGAAUCGGAGCUUCACGAGAACAUUACUAAGCAUGUGUACAAGGAAUUUCGUGACAAGGCAGCAUUUUCCAGAUCCAUGAGCGUGGAAGAGAUGGAGAAGGUAGCACAAGGCAGAAUCUGGCAUGGCGCCGAUGCUGUUUCCUGCGGUUUAGUGGACGCAAUCGGCGGGGUCUCACGCGCCGUCGCCAUUGCCAAACGCAAAGCCAAUAUCCCCGACGACAAACCGGUGAAGGUCGUGGAGCUGUCGAGGCCUAAUUCGUCACUGCCGGAGAUGAUUAUGGCAUUAGGGACCGUUAUGGCUGGAUUGGGCAAAACUGCCCAAGCCAUUUCACCAGCUGGCCUGAAAUUCUUCGACGACGAUGGUGGGGUGGAAGCUCGAAUGGAUUUCGACUUUCAAAGCCUAGAUGGAGCUUCUGAUCCCAACCUUAUGCUCACUCUAAUGAAAUGUUUCCUCGGCUCCAUCUGA